UGCACUGGAGGCUGUUGAGCUUGAAACAGGAAAGCAGCAUAAGCAGACAGCACACUGGUAAAGGGACAGCAGCUCAUCAUCUGUAAGAGUCAGCAGAGCCUUGGGGUGCUGGAAGCGGCACCAGAAUCUCCCCCAGCAGAACAUGCUCCCAGGAGGGAGGAGCAGCUUUCCCUGCUGACAGAGGAGCCCCCGGCCAGAGAAUCCCUCAGCAUGCCAGCCCUGGUCUUUAGCAGGUGGCACCUCUCCACUGCCCCUGCCCUGCUGACUUGGAUUCUCCUGCUGAACAUUGGGAAUGGCAAUGCCUGGAAGCGAGGUGUCCCUCGCCUUCGCCUCUCAUACAAAGACCUGCUGAGAUCCAACAGCUCCCGCCUGUUGCUGGGUUCAGGGGAUGGGCUGGCCUUCCAGUCCUUCCUGGUGGAUGAGACCAGGGCGUGGCUGAUGGUGGGAGCCAAAAACCACAUCUUCCUGCUGCAUCUGGACAGGCCAAAUGAGGAGCCUCAGAAGGUUUUCUGGCCAGCCCGAAAGGAGCAGGUGGAGCGCUGCCGGCUUGCUGGGAAGAACGCAGAGACAGAAUGUGCCAAUUUCAUCCGGCUUCUCCAGCCAUUCAACAGGAGCCACGUGUUUGCCUGCGGGACUGGCUCCUACCAGCCCAUCUGCGCCUUUGUCCAGCUCGGAGCCAGGGCACAGGAGCCGGGGGGCUCCCCUAUACAGCUGGUGGCCAACUCCGUGGAAUCUGGGAGAGGCAAGUGUCCAUUCAGCCCCCAUGAACCUUUCACUGGGCUACUCAUAGACGGGGAGCUGUAUUCGGGCACCUCCAGCGACUUCAUGGGCAGCAGCGCCGCCUUCUUCCGGACCCGAGUUCACAAGGCUGCCCAGAACUACAUCCGGACAGAACAGAACCAAGAUCACUGGCUAAACGAGCCUGUAUUCAUUGGUGCCUACUUGAUUCCUGACACCCACAAUGCCCACGACGACAAGGUGUACGUCUUCCUCCGAGAGACGGCCCUGGAAGCCGGCCAGUGGGAGAGGCGGCGCAUCCAUGCCCGGGUGGCACGCGUGUGCAAGAAUGACGUCGGCGGGAAACGCGGCCUGAUCAAUCGCUGGAGCACGUUCCUCAAGGCCCGGCUGGUCUGCUCCAUCCCAGGCUCCCAGGCCAGCGAGACGCACUUCGACCAGCUCGAGGACGUCUUCCUCCUCCGCACCCGGGACCCACAGAGCCCUCUCGUCUUUGGCCUCUUCACGGUCUCCAGUGGGAUCUUCAGCGGCUCUGCUGUGUGUGUCUACUCCAUGGCUGCCGUGCGAGCUGCUUUCAGCGGGCCCUUUGCACACAAGGAAGGAGCUGACUACCGCUGGGUGGAGUACAAGGGCCGGAUCCCCUAUCCCCGCCCAGGGACGUGCCCCAGCGAAACGUACGACCCUCUUCUCCACUCCACCAAGGACUUCCCUGAUGACCUGAUAAGCUUCAUGCGCAACCACCAGCUGAUGUGGGGCCCCGUGUACCCCCUUGGCCGGAAGCCCAUCCUGGUGAGGGUCAAUGUGCCCUAUCGGCUCCGGCAGCUGCUGGUGGACCGAGUGGAGACAGAGUCUGGGCACUACGAUGUUCUCUUCCUUGGAACAGAUGAAGGCAAAGUGCUGAAGGUGGGGCUCACCGGCGGGAGAGGCCAGGACAGCGAGGAGAUCAGCCUGGAGGAAAUCAGUGUUUCUAAGGUGCCGUCUCCUAUCCUGGACAUGCAGUUCUCACCAAAGCGGCAGGAGCUGUUUGUGAGCAGCACCCAUGGGCUGGUCCAGCUCUCCCUGUACCGCUGCGAGCUCUACGGCAAAGACUGCACGGACUGCUGCCUGGCCAGAGACCCCUACUGCACCUGGGACGGCAAGGGCUGCAGCCCCUACCGGCUGACUGAGAAGAGGCGAGCACGCUGCCAGGAUGCGCUGAAGGCCGACCCGGUCAGUCAGUGCCAGGACACCACAGCGGGGGUCACUGCAACUGAGGAGAAACUGGUAUUUGGGGUGGAGAACAACACUACUUUCCUCGAGUGCCUGGCGCGCUCUCCCCAGACGGCCAUUCGGUGGCUCGUGCAGCGCAGCAGGGAGGCAGCCCUGGAUGAGGUGAGGACCGGUGACCGCUUCUCUAUCCUGGAGCAAGGACUCCUGAUCCGCCAGCUGGCGAGAGAGGAUGCUGGGGUCUAUCAGUGUCAGGGAGUGGAGCGUUCCUUCUCCCGCCCCCUCAUGCACUACAGCCUUCGUGUCAUUGGCCACAAGGCUAUGGGGGCCAAACAGAGCAAGGGUGCCGAGGAGGGAGGCAGCCACCUGAGCGCCAAGCCCGUGCAGCUCCAGUACAAGGGCUACCCGCGGACCCUGGGGGCACCGGGCACCAGCCUAGACGAGUACUGCAAUGCGCUCCGGCACCAGGAGAGGCAGCGGCAAAAGGCCUGGAACCCGAAGCGGCAGCAGCAUUCCUUGGAGAGCAAGAAAGGCCGACUGCGGAGGCAUCCCGACCCCCUGAAGCCAGCCAGAGCUGGGCUGAAACUAGUCUGAUCUCUGCACAGUGCCCCCUGGGGGGCGUCACUGAACCAGUCUCCAUUAGCCAGCCACGUCUUCUGAAUGCACAGCCCUGGACACAGGUGCCAGCUCAGCCGCUGCCAAACUCUGCCUGCUGAGAGGCCCAAGGACUCGCCCUGUACUACCUCAGCCAUGACACUGCCCUUUGCCAUCUCCUGGAGCCUGGGGAGGGCCAGCGGACAGUGCAGAUGCACUCAGACACCCCCAGACCAAUGGGGCUGCUAAGUCCAGGAGGUGCUAGAACAGGGACUUCGCAGCCACGGCCUGGAGCAAACAGUCUGGUUACUAGGCCGGCUGACACAGACUGACUUGACGCGAGGACUUUAAACUAUUUACAUACCGUGAAAUAUUUAUUCUCUGCAUUUUUCUUCUGUCAUUUUCUUAUUACGCCUCUUUUUAUUAAUGAUAAAUACUGGAAAUUAAAUAGAAUGGAAACCCA